AAAGCGAAUAUUUGAGGAAUGAAAUGGAGAGAAAGAGAAGAUCAUAAAAAAACAAUGUUAUUGUGGGCUGUUAAAAGAAAAUCAAGUGAAAGAGAAAUAUGCUGAGAAUGAGAGAAAAUCAUUGAAAAAUUGAAAUCAAUAAAGUAACUAUGGAAAAAGCAGGGAUGUUUCUUCUCAAUUAUGAGUUUCUUUUGCACACUUUUGAUCACACGCUUCGCGUCUUUCGCGUUAAUUCAAUAUGGCGGCGUUUUUCAUUGCAUCACAGACAAAUGAUGGCUUUGGCCUACUAAAAUCGGUCAAACACUGCGGAAUGUUGAGGGAGGAUUUGAUAAGACCAUCUUUUUCUUACCUAAUUUUGUAAUUUUCGGUUUUUCUUGCUUAAUUUCUGAGCCUCCUGGAAUUAAUCCAGCGCAAACCUCAAAAAAAGUGGUGAAUUUUCGGAAGAGAGGCGGUUUCCGCGCUGUCGAUCCCACACACCUGGCGUCGCCACUGUCGCUCGGCUGACAGCUGCGGCGGUGGAGAAGAAGAAGAAGAAAAGAAAAGUCGAUCUCCAGUCGUUCGCGGUUUGUCUGCGAGGAAAAGUGUCUCUUUUUCGCGUGGAAAUGUGUCCUUUCAACUGAUAUCCUAGUGAUACCUGUCUUCUGCGUCCGCCAGUGGUGUUACUGAGUGCUAAAGUGUGACAUUUUCCUGUCUGCGUGGUGGAGAAAAGUCGCUGAGAAUUUUCCGAAAUGGGGAAGACAAAGAUUUACUGCGCCAAAUGCCAAAAGAAGUGCUCCGGUGAGGUGUUGCGAGUGACGGACAAGUAUUUCCACAAGACGUGCUUCCAGUGCACAACAUGUAGCAAGAGUCUGGCCACUGGCGGCUUCUUCUCCAAGGAUGGCGCGUACUUCUGCACGCUAGACUACCAGAAGCUCUACGGCACCAAGUGCGCCGCCUGCGGACAGUACGUGGAGGGCGAGGUGGUGUCCACGAUGGGCAAGACAUAUCAUCAGAAGUGCUUCGUGUGCAGCGGCUGUAAAAAGUCCUUCCAGUCCGGCAGCAAGGUGACGAACACGGGAAAGGAGGUGCUCUGCGAGACGUGCGUGUCCAAUCCGGCGUCCAGCAAAGUCACUGCCACUCAUCAAUCGCGCGCCGAGUCGCAGAAGCCGCAAUCACCACAGCCAUCCGCCGCGGCCAGGGAGAUCACCAUGAGCCCCACGCGCGCCACCGCGGCCAGUCAGCAGCAGGAAGUUCCGCGGCGCGUGAACAACUCCACGGAGUACGAUCCCAAUGAGUGCGCCGGCUGUGGGGAUCAGCUGAAGGAGGGCCAGGCGCUCAUUGCUCUCGAUCGCCAGUGGCACGUGUGGUGCUUCAGGUGUAAAAGUUGCAGCGCAGUGCUAAAUGGGGAGUACAUGGGCAAGGAUUCGGUGCCGUACUGCGAGAAGUGCUAUCAGAAGUCUUUCGGCGUCAAGUGUGCCUACUGCAAUCGCUACAUCAGUGGCAAAGUGUUGCAGGCCGGAGACAAUCAUCACUUCCAUCCCACGUGCGCCAGGUGCACAAAGUGUGGCGAUCCGUUUGGGGAUGGCGAGGAGAUGUACUUGCAGGGCAGCGCCAUUUGGCAUCCGCGCUGCGGUCCUGGUCCAGGAGCUGACGUAGGAACUGUUCUCAACGGCACAAAUGGUCACUUCACUGACACGGAGUGUGAUCGGAUGAGCACAAGUGCAAUGAGUGAAUUGCAGUACUCUAUUGGUUCACGUACGCCAAGUGGCUCACUCUUUAACACUCCGUACACGAGUAGGAAGUAUCAUCGCACAAUAAGUCCGGGACUGAUGUUGCGUGAAUACGGUCGACAUGGUUAUGGGUAUGAAGAUAUCUCACGGAUCUACACGUACAGCUAUUUAACGGAUGAGCCGCACUAUCUCAAGAAGCCCAUUGAUCCGUACGAUAAGACGCCCGUGUCGCCGCACUUCCAUCGGCCCCACUCGGCCAGCGGCGGCACGAUCAGUAUGCCAUCGUCCAGGCCUCAUUCGCGCAACAAGAGUGCCAUGAAGGUGCUCGUGGAUUCCAUCAGAACGGAAACGCCGCGUCCCAAGAGUCCAGCAAUGAACAAUGAGGAGCCAAUUGAGUUGUCACACUAUCCGGGCGCCAAGAAGCCACCGCCGGGUGAGAAGCCGAAGAUUGAGAGGGAUGAUUUCCCAGCACCGCCAUAUCCUUACACAGACCCGGAGCGAAGGCGUCGCUACUCGGACUCGUACAAGGGCGUUCCGGUGUCUGAUGAUGAGGACGAAACCGACGCAACGGCGGCUGCGAACAGCAAAGCGGACAGACGCUUGAAGAAGGAGGAGGAGGAGCUGGCCAAGAUGAAUUCUGGGAUGGGGGCUGUGAUUCUCAAGGACCUAAAGGAACACGCUAGACAUACAAAGUGGAAGCAGCAGCACUUGGAUCCGAGGAAUGCUUCCAGGACUCCGUCAGCUUCCAAAGAGCCACUCUAUAAAUUGAGAUAUGAAUCCCCAGUUGGUGCUUCACCAUCGAGGAAUCUGGAUCAUCCUCGACCGUUUUACGAUGAUGAAACGACAUUUGAUCGAAGUACGAGUUACCGUGGCUCAGUUGGUCGUGCAAUUGGCAGUGCACCAAGUUACAAUGCGAUACACUCGUAUCGAUCACCGCCAAAGCCAGGAUAUGGUUUCAAAACAUCAACCCUACCGGCAUCAAUGCGAAAUGGUUACAGUUCUGUAAGUCAAAAAGACACUGGUUGGAAAGGCAAUGAAAAAAUGAUUGAUUGAGUUUUUCACUAUCACUUCACAACUGGCUUAGAAGAAAAAAAACUAACACACAUUGAAGAAAAACAUCUUAAUGAGAAAGAAAGAGAAUUAGAAUCAUGGCUAGUGGUGUGUCGAUACUCUGUUUGAUGUCCUCCUGU